AUGUCAUCUCCCGUCCGCGUCGCGUCAGUCGGAUGCUGUCAUGGAGCUUUGAAUGAGAUCUACGCGAAUAUCUACAAGGAGAUGGAAGCUAGGGAAUGGGACAACAUUGACUGUGUCAUCAUUGGUGGUGACUUUCAAGCUCUUCGAAAUUCUAAUGACGCGACUUGCAUCUCAGUUCCGCCCAAGUACAAACAAAUUGGAGAUUUUCAUGAAUAUUACUCAGGACAGCGCAUUGCGCCAUUUUUGACAAUUUUCUGUGGUGGUAAUCAUGAAGCCGGAAAUCAUCUCUUUGAGUUGUACUAUGGUGGCUGGGUUGCUCCAAACAUAUAUUAUCUGGGAGCGGCAAACGUUCUUCGUUUGGGCCCUCUUCGCAUCGCUGGCAUGUCUGGCAUCUGGAAAGGCUAUGAUUAUCGCAAAACCCAUUUUGAGCGUAUUCCUUACGCCUAUGGCGAUACUCAGUCUAUCUAUCAUAUCCGCGAGCUAGAUGUGCGGAAGCUUCUUCAAAUUCGCACCCAGGUUGAUCUUGGCCUCUCACACGACUGGCCUCGGGCUAUUGAGAAACUCGGUGAUAGCCAGUCCUUGUUCCGCAUGAAGAAAUUUCUCCAGGAAGACUCAAUUCAUGGUCGUCUCGGAAGUCAGGCUGCCCGAAAUGUCUUAGAUCGUCUUCGCCCGGCCUACUGGCUCUCCGCCCACCUUCAUGUUAAAUUUGCACUUACGAUGGGACACGAUGGGUGCCGCCUUCGAAAGGUUCACCCAGGUAAUAAUAAACCUGUAGAUUGGGGCUACGAGGCUGUCGAGCCCAACGGCGAAAACUCCAUCGAAGAUAAUACAAUUGACACUCCUGUCACCUCUUUGGUGACUGAUGUCGAUACGAAAAUGAAGAAUGUGGAUAAUGAACCCAUUAAGAACGAUGAUGAAAUCAACUUGGAUUCUAGCAGUGAAUCAGAGCAUGGCUCCCCCGUUGCCAAAAGAGUUACUCUCGAAACCAAGGAUGAUAUGUUUGCUCCAUCCAGCACGCCAAUCAUCCCUGACGAUAUUCGAAGCAAACUACCAGCCAGUCUCUCUCGCCCUUCUUGGCAGACUGAACAAAACCUACCCACUAAGCCCUCAAUACCAGAGGCUAUUCGCAAUAAGGUGACCAAGUUCAUGGCUCUCGACAAGCCUGGCGGCCACGGACCUUAUCUUGAUCUGAUCGAAGUCAAUGCCGUAUCUGAGCAAGGCGAAGUCGCACUUGAGCGCCCAUUCCGUUUACAGUAUGAUCCAGAAUGGCUUGCCAUUACUCGUGUCUUCGCAGAGGAUCUCAAACUCGGUGACCGCAGCGCCAAAGUCCCUGAUGACCUAGGCCAGGCUGCCUAUCUUGACUCCAUUAUUCAUGCAGAGUCGUGGGUAAAGGAAAACAUCAUUGAGCCCGGCCUUCUAGAUGUUCCUAUCAACUUCACUAUCACUGCCCCAGUGUACGACCCGUCUGUUCCUAUCACAACCAACGAAGCUCCUCCUGAGUACAACAACCCGCAAACUGAUGAGUUCUGCAAGCUCCUCGGUAUUUCUAACAAGUUUGUCCUAUCCGAUGAGGAGCGUGCUGCUCGAGCCGAGGCUCACGCCCAACUUCCAGACGAGCCUGAGAGAUCCUAUCGAGGACAUGGAAGGGGCCGGGGUGGUCGAGGACGAGGAAGUGGUCGUGGCAAUCGGGGUCGGUCCAGAUACUAA